UAUUUGUUUAUUGAUUGGGUGGAGAAUUGGUUUUCCAAUAAACAAAAAGAACGAUAUGAAAGGUGGUGAGUGGUGGUGAUGAUUGAAUUCAUGCAACGUGUCGGACGAUCCCAGAGCUUCAACCACAUUACAUAUGCACUCUCCAUUUUCUACAUUCAAUUAGUUAAUUAUUACGUAAUUUGUUAUAAUUUACUAGCUCCCUCUGUCGUCGCUAAUUGCAUUCAUUAAUUGAUAGCUAGUUGGAAAAUUUUUGUUCGUUGUUAAAUCAUCAAAAUCUCUACUUAAUUAGUUGUAAUUAUUGACACGGUCCUUCUGGCUUCGUCACAGCCCGCCUGGCCUACAGUCAAGCUUCUUUUCCAUGGGCGAGCGUGACUGGCUGCGUGAAAACCUCAGGAGCAGCGAGACUUUGGGCUCGGGUAUGAGCUGGGCAGCCUGUUUCAGUGUUGCGUGUUGGCUCCUUUGGAAGAAUCGGUGCACUUUCUGCUUCAGAGGCCCAGGUUCUGCUCUCUCUCCGUCUUCCCUUGAGUUCUCGAUCAUGGCUAAAUGCAAGUUGUGGCAUGAAGCGUGGCAAGCCCCCUCACCCCUCCCCUGUGGUAGAGGGCCGACGACUGCCCGUACUACGGUUAUGGUUGGGUGGACUCCUCCGAUGCAUGGGUGGGUGACUCUUAAUGUGGACGGGGCCUCUAAUGGCAACCCCGGAGCUGCUGGAGCAGGAGGGGUGCUACGCGACUGGGCAGGCAACUGGAUAGCUGGUUUCAUUGCGAACUUUGGGACGGCCACGGCUAUUUUGGCUGAGUUGUGGGCGGUGUUUCACGGCUUAGAGAUGGCUUGGAAGAAAGGAUACAGGGCGGUGCGCUUGGAGUCGGACUCCCAGCUUGCGGUUCAGCUCAUCAACAACAGGAGUGAUCCGGUUCAUCCUCAUGCUACUCUUCUCUCAGCCAUCCGUAGGAAGAUUGGUCAAGAGUGGUUGGUUAACAUCUCUCAUGUAUACCGGGAAGGGAAUAGAGUCGCGGACUGGCUCUCGAAGCACAGUCUCGUCUAUCCCUACGGGGUGCAUGAGGUUGCUAACCCGCCCUCGGAGUUAGUGUCUAUUGUUAGAGAGGAUGCUAGGGGUGUCUCUUUCGAGCGUCGGAUUGUGACGCCGGUUUCUACUAGCUUGUAAGGACCCCGGGGUCUCCCCCUUUUUUGGCUGUUGCCUCCCUUUACGCAAAAAAAAAAAAAAAACUGGAAACAAACAUCUCAUGAGAGUUUGACUCGUGUCAUAAUUUCGCCUCUCGAUCAAACAAGAUAGAACCCAAUAUUUCUCUCUUUCUCGCUCGAAAAACAAUCAGCCGAGUUAAGUGACAGACACGUUGUGAUAAAAUUUAAUGAAGGGACUUUUUCGGA